GUUUUCUGUCAGUGCCACUGUCUAGCGUGGAGAAUUUGUUUCGUACUCACAACAGUAUCGUCUACACACUGUGUAGGCUUACUGAAAGGUUACGUUAAGGCUCGCUCGUCGUCAUCGUUAGCAUCAUCAUGGCUUUGGGAAAAGAAGGCGAUGCGCGGUUCUUCACCACCCAGAAAAAGGGUGAAAUGCACGAACUUCGCAUGGAGUUGCAUUCUUCGGAUCGAGCCAUUAAAGUAGACGCCGUCAAGAAGGUCAUUGCGUCCAUGACGGUUGGAAAGGACGUGUCGAUGCUUUUCACGGAUGUUCUGAAGUGCGUUCAGACGGGAAACAUUGAGCUCAAGAAGCUCGUCUACCUUUACUUGAUUAACUACGCCAAGACUCAGCCCGAGCUCACCUUGUUGGCGGUCAACACCUUUGUCAAGGACGCGUCCGACGCCAAUCCGCUCAUUCGUGCGCUCGCCGUACGUACCAUGGGCUGCAUCCGCGUCGAUCGUAUUACGGAAUACCUCUGCGAGCCGCUUUCCCGUGCUCUCCGCGAUGAUGAUCCCUACGUCCGCAAGACCGCGGCGGUCUGUGUCGCCAAGCUCUACGACAUUGCCCCCGAUCUCGUCGUGGAACGAGGCUUUUUGGAAACCCUGCACGACCUUAUUUCCGACUCGAAUCCCUCCGUCGUUGCCAACGGUGUCGCCGCUCUUUCCGAGAUUGCCGAAACCUCCGGGAAGGACGUCAUGCGCAUUUCUGCAUCUGUUUUGCAGAAGCUCUUAGCCGCCCUCAACGAAUGUACCGAAUGGGGACAAGUCUUUAUUCUCGAUUCGCUGUCCAAAUACACGCCCGCUGACGGACGGGAAGCUGAAGGCAUCAUUGAGCGCGUCACGCCCCGGUUGCAGCACGCCAACGCAGCCGUCGUCAUGUCGGCCGUCAAGGUUAUUUUGUCCUACAUGGAACUCAUGGGCUCGCAAAAUUCCGACUCGAUUCGGGCCCUGACGCGCAAACUAGCGCCACCCCUCGUCACCUUGCUCAACUCGGAACCGGAAAUUCAGUACGUGGCCCUCCGCAACAUUAAUCUUAUUGUACAGAAACGUCCGCACAUUCUGGAAAACGAAAUCAAGGUCUUUUUCUGCAAAUACAACGAUCCCAUUUACGUCAAGAUGGAAAAGUUGGAAAUUAUCAUCAAAUUGGUUUCCGAAAAAAAUAUCGAACAAGUCUUGUUGGAGUUGAAAGAGUACGCCACCGAAGUGGAUGUGGAUUUUGUCCGCAAAGCCGUUUCGGCCAUUGGCCGUUGUGCCGUGAAACUCGAACGGGCGGCCGAGCGGUGCAUUGGUGUGCUCCUGGAUUUGAUCCAGACCAAGGUCAACUAUGUGGUUCAAGAGUCCGUAAUUGUUAUCAAGGAUAUCUUCCGCCGGUACCCGAAUCGCUACGAAUCCAUCAUUGCGACGCUUUGUGAUAAUCUUGAUACUUUGGACGAGCCUCUCGCCAAGGCUAGUAUGAUCUGGAUCAUUGGCGAGUAUGCGGAACGUAUUGACAAUGCCGACGAGCUGCUCGAUACUUUCUUGGAGACGUUUGAGGAAGAGGACCCGGUCGUUCAACUUCAAUUACUGACUGCCACGGUCAAGUGCUUUUUGAAGGAUCCGGAUGACACGCAAGAUAUGGUACAGCGCGUUUUGGAUAUGGCGACGGAAGAGUCGGACAAUCCUGAUCUUCGCGACCGCGGCUUUAUUUACUGGCGUCUCUUGAGUACCGAUCCAGAAGCGGCGAAGAUGGUUGUCCUAGGCGACAAGCCCGUAAUUGAAGACGAUACCUUCAAGCUCGAUCCAGCGUUGCUAAACGUUUUGAUUGGACAGAUUGCGACUCUCAGUUCGGUUUACCACAAACCUCCCGAAGCCUUUGUAAUCCGACGCGGAGCCGGAACCGGAACGACAAAUGAAGAUGAUGACGAAGAAGACGAGGACGACUACGAAGACGAAAAUGACGUUGAUGGUGGUGCUGAUCUGCUGGAUAUGGGUGGACUCAGUGUCAACGAUCAGUCGCAGGAUGAUGCCGCGCCCGGUAGUCGGUUCGAACCGACUGCUCCAAUGAAUCUUGUCACGGGCCCGGAAAAAAGUGGAGGGUUAGAGGUGCUCGCUGGUUUUCGACAGUAUCGCAAUACGAUUCGUCUGGAAAUGGAAAUCAACAAUGUAUCGGCCAAUCACGUGGUAGCUGGUUUGGCAGUUCAGCUCAACAAAAACGCGUUCGGUCUUAGUCCCUCGACUCAGCAAGUUAUGUGUGAACCUCCAGCGGGUCCCGGUGGUUCGGGUGUGGCUGUAAUUGAGCUGGUCACAACUCCCAAUAUGCUGGCUCCAGUUCCUGCGGGACAACCUGCAAAUCCACAGGUUCAAGUAGCAAUCAAGAAUAUGACGUCUGGCAACGUUUUCUACUUUGCGGUCAAUCUCAACUUUGAAGCCAUAUUCUCAUCGGAUGGAGCCAUGGAACGCUCGUCCUUUAUUGAGAACUGGAAAUCCAUCGAUGAUCGCAAUGAACUUUACGCGACUGUAGGAGAUUUGCCCAGCGAGUCGGUCGACAUUGAUCUGGUUCAACAAAAGUUCCAAGCCAGCAAUGUCUUCUUUAUUGCUCGCCGUCCUGUACCAAACGCAGAAGGCCAGGAAGUAGUGUACUUUUCGAUGCGUACAGUGACUGACAUGGAAUUCUUGGCCGAGUUAACUUUCAAGCAAGGUGUAAACGCUUGCAAGAUUUGUCUCAAGACCGAAAAUGCCACCUAUGGAUUGCUGGCCAAGAAAGCUUUGGAAGACCUGCUGCGCGCUUGAAGAUGUGUUUCUAAGAUGUGGGCUGUUUGAUUGAUGAUUUCACUUACGAUAAUGGGAUCUUUCCGUCCAACGAAUUUCAAAAAGAUUUCCUUCCUUUACUCUAUGUUAGUUUGAUUAAAAACCGGUAAAGUUUCGUCAUUUAGGGUUGUC